AUGGACAAGGUGGAGGAGCUGAGGAAGGCCAAGUUCUGGAAGUUGUUCCGGAGCAAGAGCUCAGCAGACAAGAACGGGAAAUAUGACACCGACCCGCCAAGGAGGGUGAGCGAGGGUAACAUUCCCAUCCGCAGCAGCAGCAGCAGACGGCCCGACGAUGAACUGGGCGAACCACCAGUCCGCCGUCGGCGACCUCGACGGACCGACCCCAACGCCACCAAGGGCAAAGGCCGUGAGGACCACCACGAUGGGCCCUACGACGUCGGCCCGCUGACCGAGUGGCCGCCGUCGGGCAUGUCGAGCAGCGAGGAGCUGAACCUCGGCCCGGCGAUGCAACUCAUCUCGAGGGGAGUGCCGGCCUUCAAGGGCCACAAGAAGCCCAUCCCCCACGCCUCCGAUCACUACUACGCCUUGUUCGCGACGGCAGCGGGGAACCGCGGGGACGAGACGGACGCGGCGAACCAGCACGACUCGAUGACCCAGCUGAUGACACUGCGCCUGGCCGAAUCCGGGCCGGCCACCUACCCGUGGGAAACGCUCGAGCAGCCGAGCAACGCGUUCUGCUUUGGCAAGCGCCCGGGCACCAUCACUCUGAACCACUGGGUAGCGCAGGCGAGUGUGUUGCCGACGGCGAUUCCGCUUCGCGACACGGGGGUAUCACCGCGCGAGAUCGACCUCGAGACGAUAUUCGGGCGGUUGAAGGAGCUGGACAGGGGGCUGGAGGACGAAGACGACGACUACAUGUACCGGAACCUGUACAAGCGGCUGCUCAAGGACCCGGACAAGUACGUGAGCCCGCACAAGACGCUGGACCGGCAGAUCACGGACCUGAUUAUGGUGCUUUCGGCGCCGCACUGGCUGGACUUCACGGUGGCCAAGAACCAGGUGGUGACCAAGUUCAUCUUCGACACGAGCGCGGCCAACAGCAGCGUGUACCACAAGUUCUGCCACCAGCUACUGCUAAGCCUGGAGCUGGAGCUGCGGAUCCAGUCGCGCCACCACAUGACGGACGCGAAGGAGAAGCUACUAACCCAAAUUCCGCCGACGAUCCAGUGGAACCUGGCGCUGGCACGGCGAUGGCGCGACAACGUGCGGGUGGACGAGUACGGCGAGGGACCGGACACGAUCCAGCUGCGGUACAAGCUCAAGCGGCGGCAGGUCAAGAUGCUCAAGCGGUUCGCGCAGAUGAUGAAGUGGCCCAACCUCAACGAGACACUAGCCAGCCUCAAACGCCGCGACGCCGACGCGACCCUCGACCUAGUAUCCUCGCACGCCAUGGCCUUCUUCAGCGGCCUCGUCCUCCCCGGCCCAACCUUCCCGUUCCUCAUCAUGAACUCCCUCAUCGACAUCGACCCAGACCGCGCCACCGACGACCUAACCCUCCUCACGCACGCCCACCCCAACUGCGGCUUCCAAUACCGCAACAGCUACACCUACUGGACGGCCACCUCCAUCGUCGGCAAAGUCCUCGCGCCCACCUGCCGCUCCCUCGCCGGCUGGGUCGGUCCCGCCCGUCCCACCGGCGACCUCGCCCGCAACCAAAUCGCCCGCGUCCGCGCCCGCCGCCCACCUUCCAACCGCGUCACCCCCGAAGACAUCCGCACCAUGUCCGAACGCUCCGACCCCCUCGGCCCCCCAACCCAAGUCUUCCCCGUCAAAGAAUACGCCCUCGUCGCGCCCGACCGUGACGACGACGCCUACCUAACCGACCUCGUCCGCAUCGAACUCCUCAACCUCCGCCCCUGCGGCACGGCUAUCGGUCCCAACGGCAUCGACUCCCGCCCUUCCUCCGCGCCCUCCACGCCCGCCCCUGCGGGGGCCGCCGGCGUGCCCAAGUACUACGACGCGUCGGUACAAUUCGCUAUCGACGGCGUGUCCUGGCCGCUGCGGUUGGCCUAUGACGUGUCGUUUGUGUCUGCCUGGCCGUGCUCGGACGGGCCGCACCCGCUGUUUUUCGAUUAUGUCUAUACCCCUGUCAAAGCGGACCAGUUGGUUAAAGUGAGGGAUUGGAAUGGAAUUUAUGGUGGUGGUGCUUCUGCUGCUGCGGCAUCGGAUACCCGUUCCCCCCCGGGAACCGCCAACGCGAACGCAGCAAAUGCAGGGCCGGGGACCUUUGGCUUCGUUAGUCGGCCUGGUACAGCCGGCGGCGGUGCUGGUGGUAUUGGUGGAGGUGGAGGUAUUGGCGGUUUGGGGAAGACGGGGGUAUCAAGCCCGAGUACGUUGAGUGGGGGGGAUGAGGAGAGGGUGUUGGUGGUGGAAGCGUUUGGGGUGCCGGAUAAUGAGGUGUUGGCUAGGGCGUGGUGUGCGCAUUGGGGGUUGAGUGCGGUGGUGGCUGAUUUGGGGAGGACUUGCAUGGCGUGUGCGAUUCGCGAGGCGUAUGCUACUACGAUGACGGUGGUCAUUUUGGUGGAUGAUGAGCAGGAUCGGAGGGAGGAUUGA